AUGAAGCGCCAUGUUGUGGCGGUUAAGUUCGUCCACCGUGGCGUUUUAAGAUUCUGGACGUCUUGCGCUAGCCAUAAAAAUUUCUGCUUCAGCAAAGCAACUCAAGUACAGAACUCUGGCGAAUGUGAAACUGAAAGAUCCAAUAGAGGAGGUAAAGCUACCUACAAAGUACAAAUUAUAGCCUGGAUCGCUUUGAUUCGCAAAAUGGCGAUGCCAAGUCUGGAGGCAGCAAACGUAUCCGAAAGCAAGAUCGCAGAGAAACCUGAAGAUGAAAUGCUUUGCAGGAUAAGGCUAUCAAAUGAAGCUCAAUCGCAAAUCUCAAUGGAAAAGCUCAUACCCGAUUGCAAGAAGUUUGUUGUAUCAUACGGAGUUAGGCUAAUUUUGCUAUGGGUAAUCUUCAUCCUCAUGAUGUACUUUCAGGGAAUGUGUAUCAUUUUGAGCGAUUCAUACUAUGAAACUGGAACACCGCCAAUGAAAGAUAGGAUACAUACAUUGGUGGAACCUUCAAAAGAAAUUUUCAAGAUCAGUGUUGCCAAUACAAUGAUUGCAGUCUUGACAGCUUCACUCGGAAUUAGAAUUGUUCUAUUCAUGCCGUUUGUCUUUGCUCUUGAGUUGCUUAUCCGUUUCUUAUUUCUGGAAUCAAUCUUGUAUUUUGUCAGGAGUAUUUUCAUCAUCCUAACCACUGUACCUUGCCCUCAUUCCGACUGUGUCCCUAGUGUGUAUAACACUCACUGGGAAAUGAUACAGGUUAUUGUCCUUUCGUAUACUGGAAUUAAAGACACCUGUACCGAUUUAAUCGUAUCUGGACAUACAAUGAGCACCGUUAUGGUUGGUAUAUUUUUAAUGCAUCAUAGUGGUAGCUAUAUUUUUAACGGUAUCGUUAUAUUAUACAUAAAGGUUAUCCUAUUUUUCAUCAUCGCAUCCAAGUACCAUUAUACCGUUGAUGUAAUGUUUGGUGCCAUAUUAUCCAUGUCUCUUUACUUUGUAUAUUACACUGUUGUUGACCAGUAUGGAACAGCGCAUAUAAAUGGGUUUUCAGAUGGUAAAACAUUGCAUGGGAUUAUUCCUAAGAUCUUUGCAACUGUAGAAAAUAUUCCAGAGAGGAUUCGCCUAGGACAUCAGCUUUCGCAAGUCUACACUUUAACUCAGAGAAGUGAAGUAGAAAUCAAAGAGGAAGACAAGGUUAAGAUUGAGCGCAUCUGUCGUUGUUUUGGUGUAUUGAAUAUAAAGGAAUUACAUCAGCUUUAUAGAGGAAAUAAAGAGUAUAACUUUCAUUACUUUAAAGUUGCUUUAUCAUUCUUAAAACGAAAGAAUGAAACUGCCUAA